AAUUUGACCCGUGGCUCUUCUGGAAGUCUAUUGGUCGUGAUAUUCAAGCAGGGACAGCGCAUCAAAGUCGCCCCCCUGUGGUGGCUCAUCCCGCCAUGA